GUGAUUAAUGUCACCAUUCUAAUUUAAAAUUUCACGGUGCAUUGUAUGCGCCUGCUGGGACAUAAGAGAAUUUUCAAACUUUUCGUGAGAGAUGAUUUUGAUCUAGAAAUAUACAUCGUGAAAUGUAUAACUGACCAACAUUUCCGACUGAUCGGAGGUAUCUUGAAGAACUUUAGUUAAAAAAAAUCUUGUGGCACGUAAUCGAGAUAUUUGAAUAAGUAACAUGAAUGAAAGCGAAAUUUAAUUGCGAAAAAAGGAAUAGAAUAUUUAAGAAGCGGAGGAAGUAGGAGGAACGAGAGUUAAAAAGUGAAAGGAUAUCGAAUAUUCUUUGAUCAUUAUCAAUCAGAUAGGGAACUUUAUCCAUGGAACAGAAAUCCGUGGGGAAAUUGGUGUAUGGAUGGCAGUAUUUAAGUGAUCGAUGUAUCGACCGGAAAUCUACAGACUUCCGUUUGCUUGAUGCAUUUUAAAUGAUAUCUGGAUUCGAAUAAUCCUUAACGUCGUUCUAAUAGCGAACACUCUAUAAAAUUAAAUUCGCUUUCAUUCAUGAAAACGAUAUGAACAAUAUAUAUGUGUAUCAUCGUUGCCAUCAUGGAAACAGUAACUUUUUAAUACAUGUAUGUACAUACCACAGUGAUAAGUACUAUUGCGUACUUUUUCCAAUUGACUGUUUAAAAAAUUAGUCUAUUUUUUAAUUUAUAAAUCAAUUUGAAAUUGAUAUAACUGUGACGCAAAAAAGACAGUUAAUUAAGUUACUUUUACUUUUUUAAUCCCGGUCGCAGAGGAUUGCGAAAGCAGCUACGUCAGAACGUAUCGAUUGUAAGGCGCGGUGGUUCACGCAUGCGCUCACGCGUCAUUCGCGAUUCCUACUUUUCUAACAUAAACAGUCCUUUCUCGUUCAAACGGCCUUUGAUAGCAGCGGUAUUUUCUCUAUUCGAAUUCGCAACGCGUCUUUUCCCUUGAUUCCACUGCGUCCAUUACAAACCGAUAAGUUAGGUGACGAAACGUUUGCGAAAUCCUCGUGCAUUAAUAUCAACGUACGAAUGGAGAUGUGACUUGUUCUUGCUCCGAAAGAACGGUCAGUUACGUCGAAGCAACAGAUUGUUAUGUGAACAAGGAAACCGGUGCGUAUAGGGAUGUAAUUUACCGUGAACCGAGCCGGGGAAAAGGAGACAAGUUCCGGUGACCGAUAUCAGAGAACGUUAGACACUGUUGGGCAAUAAGAUGGUUCACGUGGAUGGAUAUAUUCCUUUUUCGACUGGUGGCCUGCCAAAAAGUCCAAGCUUCCACCAGGGGCUCGCCUUGGCUACUGUUUUAUCUCGAGAAUCGAAUAAACCUUACUUGACCAACUUCACUUCGCAUUAUCAACCGUUACGACCCCUAUUAAUCGAAACUCAACAAGGAAACGAAAGAGAAGAAUUAUUCAUCCAGAAACUACGGCAAUGUUGUGUGCUAUUCGACUUCGAGUCCGAUCCUCUUUCGGAUCUAAAAUGGAAAGAGGUGAAGCGUACUGCCCUCAACGAGAUGGUCGAAUAUGUCACCAAGAACAAAAACGUGAUCACGGAGGCGAUCUACCCUGAAGCGGUGAACAUGUUUGCAGUGAAUCUGUUUCGCACUCUUCCACCAUCGUCGAACCCGAACGGCGCGGAGUUCGAUCCGGAAGAGGAUGAGCCAACGUUGGAAGCAGCCUGGCCUCACUUGCAACUAGUUUACGAAUUCUUCUUACGAUUGCUCGAGUCUCAGGAUUUUCAGCCCUCCAUCGCUAGACGUUACAUAGACCAGAAGUUCGUGUUGCAACUUUUGGAACUAUUUGACUCGGAGGAUCCACGGGAAAGAGAUUUCCUGAAGACAACGCUUCAUAGAAUUUAUGGGAAGUUUUUGGGACUUAGAGCGUACAUCAGGAAACAAAUAAAUAAUGUCUUUUAUCGAUUUAUAUAUGAAACCGAACACCAUAAUGGAAUUGCCGAACUCCUUGAAAUUUUGGGAAGUAUAAUCAAUGGGUUCGCACUACCAUUAAAAGAAGAACACAAAAUAUUUCUAUUGAAGGUACUUUUACCUUUACACAAAGCCAAAUCGCUCUCUGUAUAUCAUCCGCAAUUAGCAUACUGCGUAGUUCAGUUCUUGGAGAAGGAUCCAUCAUUGACUGAACCUGUUAUUAGAAGCCUGCUGAAAUUUUGGCCGAAAACACAUUCCCCUAAAGAAGUAAUGUUUUUAAAUGAGCUCGAAGAAAUUCUCGAUGUGAUUGAACCUGCGGAAUUUCAAAAAGUCAUGGACCCAUUAUUUAGACAAUUAGCGAAAUGUGUAUCAUCUCCACACUUUCAGGUGGCUGAAAGGGCUCUGUAUUACUGGAACAACGAAUACAUAAUGUCCCUUAUAUCGGAUAACUAUGCAGUUAUCCUACCAAUCAUGUAUCCAGCAUUUUACAGAAAUUCUCGAAAUCAUUGGAACAAAACUAUUCACGGCUUGAUUUAUAAUGCAUUGAAGCUAUUCAUGGAGAUGAAUCAGAAAGUAUUCGACGAGUGUACGCAACAGUAUUAUCAGGAUCGACAGAGAGAAAGGAAGUUUAUGAAAGACAGGGACGAAGCGUGGAUGCGCGUUGAAGCAUUAGCGAUGAGACAUCCGAAUUACAACGCAGCUUUAAAAGGUAUUACGAAUACAACAUCUGGCACGACAUUGCAACAACAAUUAGGCAGCCCUCUACCUGACGAAGACGGUGAUACAGAUCAGACUCCGCUCACAUUGGAAAAGAUAGAAGCGAAAGCGAACGAGGCAAAAAACAUGACCAACUCCAAUAAAACAAAGCCACUUUUGCGAAGGAAAAGCGACUUACCCCAAGACACGUACACAAUGCGGGCAUUGUCCGAUCACAAACGCGCAGACGAAUAUCUUGUUACGCCACCGGAUCCUAACAAUUGCUAGUCUCUACCGCAAUCUCUUCCCAUAUAUCCUCUCUUUUGCUGCAGUGAUUUUGGGAGUUAGCUUUUUCGAAGAGAGAAACGAAACAGCGAUGAGUCGGAUCUAAUCAAUCGAGCGGUCACAACAUUCGACGACAACCGUCUGCAACAGAAUUUGAUCGUUUAGAGAAGUCAACAUUGUCAUAAUUAUCUCUCUCCUCUUUCCCCACCCUCCCUUUUGUAUCAAAAAGUAUCAAGAUGUGUAUUGUAAUAUCUUUUUCUUUGUAUCUCGGUGAACGAAAAAAAAGCUUUCUCUCAUUGCACCCAGCACAUUCGGAAAAUGUAUCCAUGUCCGUAGUAAUCUAUAAAAAAAAAAGAAGGAAAAA